GAGGACGUGGUUGGGUUGUUUCGUUUCCAUCCACUCUUUCUUUCUUGUUUGUUUCUCUCUUCUCCAGCCCUUCGCCAGAGCUACACGACGACAAAACAAAAGCUUCAGCUUUUUUUGGGGGUUUAAUUUCUCCAGAAGAGUCAAAUCAAAAGAAAAACAGAUUUGAAUUUUCUUGGGUUUUUAGAGAAGAAGCAGUUACAUUUUAAAAGGGAGGGAGACAAUGGAGGAAACAAUGGCGGCUAGGUAUUGGUGUCACAUGUGUUCACAAAUGGUGAAUCCAAUAACAGAAUCUGAGAUCAAAUGUCCCUUUUGCCAAAGCGGAUUCGUGGAAGAAAUGAGCGGUAAUGGCACUGGAGGAGGAGGCUUAAGAGACGUUCAAGACCCUGAAACCGAGUUUGGAACAGACCGUGCUAUGUCUCUAUGGGCACCAAUCUUACUCGGAAUGAUGAGUAGUCCUAGGAGACGAAGAAGGUUCAGAAGAGCAGAGUUUGGUGAAGAAGAAGACAAUGAAGAAAACGAUGAAGAUGUAUCCAACAAUGUUGACCGUCGUCAUCAUCAUCAUCAUCAUAGAGCUAGAAGACACGGUGGAGAGAUUGAUUUGGAUAGAGAGUUUGAAUCACUCUUGAGGAGAAGAAGAAGAAGCUCAGGGAAUAUAUUGCAGCUGCUUCAAGGGAUACGUGCAGGGAUUGCUUCAGAGUAUGAAAGCUCUGAUAAUAAUAACGAUAGAGUUAUCAUGAUCAAUCCUUAUAAUCAGUCUCUCGUUGUUAGAGGAUCUUCUGACCAAACUCAGACACAUCCUGCAUUGACUUCACUUGGAGAUUACUUUAUUGGACCUGGUUUGGAUCUUUUGCUUCAGCAUUUAGCUGAGAAUGAUCCUAACAGGCAAGGGACCCCACCUGCUCGUAAAGAAGUGGUUGAGGCUUUGCCAACGGUUAAGAUAACGGAAGCGUUGUUGCAGUGUUCGGUUUGUUUGGAUGAGUUUGAGAGAGGUGUGGAGGCUAAAGAGAUGCCUUGUAAGCAUAAGUUUCAUGUUAAGUGUAUUGUUCCGUGGCUUGAGUUGCAUAGCUCGUGUCCUGUUUGUCGGUUUGAGCUUCCUUCUGGUAAUGGUGAUGGUGAUGAUGAGAGUAAGGUUGAGACAGAGAGAGGGACGGGGACAAGAAGUGUUCCUGAGAGUAGUAACAGAGAGGUGGUUGUUGAGAAUGUGGGGAGUGUGGAGAGAGGAAGAGAGGAUGAGGGGAGGAGUGGGAAUGGGAGAAGGUUUUCGAUUCCAUGGCCAUUCAGUGGUUUCUUCUCUUCUUCUUCUUCUUCGUCGCCUUCUUCAUCUGGAACAUCUCAGUCUGGUGAGAACAAUGUUUACUCAAGAUCUUAUGGUUCUUCUCGCUGAUAAAAGAACUAAGAAUCUUGGUUAUGUUCUUGUUGUCUUUUCAUUGUCUCAUGUUCUAGCUCUUCAUCUUGUUUUAUUCUCUGCAUUUCACUCGCUGCUUUUAUGUACAUAACAAUGAUUUUCUUUUACUCAAGACUGUUGAAAAAAUUCCAUGCAUGUAUUAUAUGUUCUUCUUUCGUUUCAAUCUUCUUUCAUUGUUGCUGUACAGAGAUGAUCACAUUCGGUUUGUGUGUUCUUAGUUUCCACUGUUUUUGUUGUUGUGGUCUUCUAUAUCAGAUUUAUGUCAAUUGAUUUUCCAAAUCAUGAAGGAAAAAGUAUAAAGAAUCAGUUCAACUCACAUCC